AUGGCCCUCAAGGACUCCUACCUCCUCCCCGCCGCGGCGGACAUGCACGUCCACCUGCGCAACGCCCCCGGCCCCAUCGCCGAGCUGGUCACCCCGACCAUCCGCAAGGCCGGCAUCGACACCGUCUUCGUCAUGCCCAACUUGGCUCCUCGCCCCGUCGUCACCGUCGAUGAGGCUCUCGAGUACAAGAAGGCCCUCCAGGCUUACGACCCCGAGGUCAACUACCUCAUGUCCCUCUACCUUCACGAGAGCAUCACCCCCGAUGAGAUCCGCAAGGCCAAGAAGGCCGGUAUUGCCGGUGUCAAGGCCUACCCCCGCGGCGCCACCACCAACUCCCAAUGGGGCGUCGUCUCCUUCGACCCCUUCCACGCCGUCCUCUCCACCAUGGAAGCCGAAGGUCUCGUCCUGAACCUACACGGCGAAAUGCCCUCUUCCCCCUCGGAAAACAUCACAGUAAUGAACGCCGAAUCCAAAUUCCUACCCACCCUCACCUCUCUCCACUCCAAAUACCCCAAUCUCAAGAUCGUCCUCGAGCACUGCACCAGCGCGGACGCGGUCGCCGCCGUGCGCGCCUGCGGCCCCAACGUGGUCGCCACCAUCACCGCCCACCAUUUGAGUUUGCUCGUAGACGACUGGUCCGCCAACGUGCACCACUACUGCAAGCCGAGCGCCAAGUCGCCCGAGGACCGCCGGGCGCUGCUGCAGGCUUUGGUAACGAGCGAGGGGAAGUUUUUCCUGGGAACGGAUUCGGCGCCGCAUGAUAUCUCGAGCAAGAAGGGCAAGGGGAACACGGCGGCGGGUGUGUUUACGCAGCCGUAUGCGCUGGGGUAUGUGUUGACUGCGCUGGAAGAGGGGAUUGCGAGGGGGGAUAUUAGGGAGGAAGCAGUGACGGAGGAGGUGCUUGCGGGCUUCUUUAGCGAGUUUGGGCGCAGGUUUUAUGAGGUUGAGUCGGCGGAGAAGAAGAUUUUGGUCAAGAGGGAUGGGGCGGUGGUGGAGGAGAGUUUGAAGACGGAUAAGGUGGAGAUUGUGCCGUUUAGGAGCGGGGAGAAGACUUGGAGCGUUGAGUGGCAGUAG